AUGAUUGUUACUGCUUCCUCCCCAUGACAUCACUGCUUUUGCAGCCAUACCACCCAAGAAAGGAUGCUAUUAAAAUCUUUGGGACUGGGCUAAAUGAUGUUGCACCGCAGAUCCUAACAUGGUCAAUGCAGGAGACAUGAAUGGUUCUGGCAACCUGAUGGAUUUUCUGGAUGAGCCUUUCCCCGAUGUUGGAACUUACGAAGAUUUCCACACGAUCGACUGGCUGCGGGAGAAAUCGCGCGACACCGACCGCCACAGAAAGAUUACAAGCAAAAGUAAGGAAUCCAUAUGGGAGUUCAUCAAGAGUUUGCUGGAUGCCUGGUCAGGAUGGGUUGUAAUGCUUCUUAUAGGACUGCUGGCAGGCACAUUAGCUGGAGUGAUAGAUUUAGCUGUGGAUUGGAUGACAGACCUGAAAGAGGGUGUCUGCCUGUCAGCCUUCUGGUACAGCCACGAGCAGUGCUGCUGGACAUCUAAUGAAACUACAUUUGAUGACAGGGACAAAUGUCCCCAGUGGCAGAAAUGGUCAGAACUUCUUGUAAGCCAGUCGGAGGGUGCAAGUGCUUACAUUCUAAACUAUUUUCUAUACAUUAUGUGGGCUCUAUGUUUUGCUUUCCUGGCAGUCUCCCUGGUCAGAGUGUUUGCUCCCUAUGCAUGUGGCUCUGGAAUCCCAGAGAUAAAAACCAUCUUGAGUGGGUUCAUUAUUAGGGGCUACCUGGGAAAGUGGACACUUUUAAUCAAAACAGUCACCUUGGUUCUGGUGGUAUCUUCAGGCCUGAGCCUUGGGAAAGAGGGGCCGCUAGUCCACGUGGCCUGUUGCUGUGGAAACUUCUUCAGCAGCCUAUUCUCAAAGUACAGCAAGAAUGAAGGAAAGAGAAGAGAGGUGCUGUCGGCGGCAGCUGCUGCAGGAGUUUCUGUUGCCUUUGGGGCUCCAAUUGGAGGAGUGCUUUUCAGUCUGGAAGAGGUCAGCUACUACUUUCCCCUGAAAACCCUCUGGAGGUCAUUUUUUGCUGCUCUUGUGGCUGCCUUCACACUGAGGUCCAUCAAUCCUUUUGGAAACAGCCGUCUGGUCCUGUUCUAUGUGGAGUAUCACACACCCUGGUACAUGGCUGAGCUCUUCCCCUUCAUCCUGCUCGGCGUCUUCGGUGGCCUGUGGGGGACCCUCUUCAUCCGAUGCAACAUUGCCUGGUGCAGGAGGCGCAAAACCACCAGACUUGGGAAAUACCCAGUCCUGGAGGUCAUAGUGAUAACAGCUAUCACUGCCAUCAUUGCCUACCCCAACCCCUACACCCGUCGGAGCACAAGCGAGCUGAUCUCAGAGCUCUUCAACGAUUGUGGUGCCCUGGAGUCAUCGCAGCUCUGUGACUAUAUCAACGACCCAAACAUGACCCGACCAGUGGAUGACAUUCCUGACAGACCUGCUGGCCCUGGGGUCUACACAGCCAUGUGGCAGCUCGCCUUGGCUUUGGUGUUUAAAAUUGUCAUCACGAUAUUCACUUUCGGCAUGAAGAUCCCUUCAGGCCUUUUCAUUCCCAGCAUGGCAGUUGGAGCCAUGGCUGGCAGGAUGGUUGGGAUUGGAGUAGAGCAGCUGGCAUAUCACCAUCACGACUGGAUCAUCUUCAGGAACUGGUGCAGACCUGGGGCAGACUGUGUCACACCGGGACUUUAUGCUAUGGUGGGAGCAGCGGCUUGCUUGGGUGGUGUUACCCGAAUGACGGUUUCUCUGGUGGUGAUUAUGUUCGAGCUAACUGGAGGCCUGGAGUACAUUGUACCUCUUAUGGCUGCAGCUGUCACAAGCAAGUGGGUCGCAGAUGCCUUUGGGAAAGAAGGGAUCUAUGAAGCUCACAUUCAUCUGAAUGGUUACCCAUUUCUGGAUGUGAAGGAUGAAUUCACCCACCGAACCCUGGCAACAGAUGUUAUGAGACCAAGACGUGGUGAAGCUCCUCUCUCUGUUCUGACGCAAGACAGCAUGACGGUGGAGGAUGUUGAGACACUGAUCAAGGAGACUGACUACAAUGGCUUCCCAGUAGUGGUUUCAAGGGACUCUGAGAGGCUUAUUGGAUUUGCACAGAGACGAGAGCUGAUUCUUGCUAUAAAGAAUGCAAGACAGCGCCAGGACGGAGUGGUGAGCAACUCCAUUGUGUACUUCACCGAAGACCCCCCUGAGCUGCCACCCAACAGUCCCCAUCCGCUGAAGCUGCGGCGCAUUCUCAACCUGAGCCCUUUCACUGUCACCGACCACACCCCCAUGGAGACGGUGGUCGACAUUUUCAGGAAGCUGGGGCUCCGGCAGUGCCUGGUCACUCGCAGUGGGAGGCUGCUGGGUAUCAUAACUAAAAAGGAUGUAUUAAGACAUAUGGCUCAAAUGGCAAACCAGGACCCUGAAUCUAUCAUGUUUAACUAGACUGGUGAAGGAAGAAGAAAGUAACCCCAAAGGAAUCCCUUCUAGAUUAACACAAAGGCUACGAUUGGUAUUUCAUUUUGUUUAAAGAGAAAAUGUAACGUGUGUGAGGAAUGGCCCAAUAUGCCUCUGACAGAGGGAUUGGAUGCAGGAUGGCACUUAUUUAAUGAGGAAGGCAGUUUAGAAGCUCUGAGCAGCUGCAGACAUCAAGCUGUGUUUCCUUAAUGAGAUUCCUAACAGCACAAUUGGAGUGUUGGUCUGUAUAAGUGAUGUGGUGCUUAGAGACCGAGAGCCAGGCGCACCAGUGGGGUGCAUCAGUGUUCACAGUAACUCCUGAGGCAGGUGUGAAGACCAGCAGACACUGUUUAUGUAUAAGCUGUUGCGAGAUGCAAAGAUCUAUGUUCCAGACUGAAGAGUGUGUAUGAGUAAUGUCAGUUGCUUUUAUUACUGAAAUGAUGGCUACUUAUUUGCUACUGAAUUACACCAUUUCCAUGAGAGGAAAAAGGGUCAUAUUUUAAAGUGGAAAAAAAUUGUCAUCUUCAUUUAUUUUUAUAAAAAUUAAGUGAAUCAAGACUGGAGUUAAAGGAGCAAGAACACAUUCCAAUUCACUUCAAAACGCAGUGUGCCCUGCUCCCUGCCUUAGUUGUUUGAUUUUAUAAAGCUUAGCAUUUCUGUCAAUCAACUUCCCGUUGUUAAUAUUGAAAUGUUACCUAUUUGUAAGGCUAUAGUAUUUCUCUAUGCAACUUUGCAUACAGGUACUGUAAUAUUUAGUAUUAUGUUGUUUGUUGUGGACAAAAAAACCAAACAUGGAAGCCCAUGGAGAAGUUUUCAAAAACACUAAAGGGAGACUGUUAUCCAUUUCUCUUCGAUGUUAGUGGCAAGAGGGUGGAUCCCUCCCUCUCUCCCUUUGUGUACAUCAUAUUUUUUCACAAACUAAUGAAGUUCUGCAUUGAUUCCUGAUCCUCCAUUUAAUUCCUUUUCAUCACUGCCCUUUCAUGACAUUGGUCUGCCUUGCCAAGAGAUUGCUGAAGUAAGCAGUCACAGAUAUUUAUUCUGUUAGCAGAUCUACUCUUCAUGCAUCUGCUAGUCAUAGGACUAUGGAAUCCCUCCCCACAACACUGGCUGGAUAAGACCAAAGGGACUGAGAAUGCUAAUAUGGAUGGCAAAGCUUUAAUUAUUUAUCUGUUUGCAGCAAGAACACAAGAUUUAACAGCCCCUGGUAGGGACCUCCAAGUCACUCAGGUAGAAGUGCUAAAUUUUCCUAAACCCUCAUGCUGAGCCUUUGUGAGAUGCAUAAAGUCAACCUUGUCUAUGUUAAUAUACUAGCACUUUAGUCACACUGCUGUCAGUAAGAGAUGGCCAAAUUCUACUGUCAGUAACAUGCAGUCCACACUGUCCACUGUUUGCUUUAUGACUACAAACUUAAAUACUGGAAAGAGAACCUGCAUCAUUAGAUGCCCUGAAUCACCUUCAGACCCUCAGAGUCUGGUCACUUCAUUUAGACUUCAAGGAUCUAUGAUAUUUCUGUUUGAAUUCAUACAGACACUGGUAGUUUAAGGUCAUUGCAUCCAGAUGGUCUUCACGGACAGAGAUGAGUGGAGUUCUUUCAUACCAGAAGAGCCUGUUGCUUGCUCCAGACAAAAGCCAGACUGUUGAUCCAACUUGUAGGCAGUCUGUGUGAUUAUUGUGUCCCUGGACUGAGAAAGCUAGCCAGGUGCAGCCUGAGCAAAAUGCCCUGCUUCCCCCUGGCAUGUGUCCCACUGCAUUCACACAAAAUAUGGCCCAAAUUGUAUAAGUAAGAGAAACGGAAGUAAAAGGGUAAUUUUAAUCUGCUAAGUACUCCAUUUAACAAUGGUGUUUGCAACAAACUGACAUGAAUAUAUGUUGCUCUGGCCAAAGCCUGUAAAUGCUGCAGUGUAUACAGAACAUCUGCAGUACCAUUUAUUAUUGAAGGGAUAUUGUUAAAGCUGUACAACUGAACAAACCUUUCCUUCUGAAAAUAAGAUAUACAACAUACAAUUUUUGUUUCUUAUGUUUUCCUCUGAAGCUAGCAUCAGCCAAACUCAUAAAACCCAACCAAUUCAAUAUCUAAGCUCAUAAAUACUGAACUCCCUCAUUUUGACAGAGAUACCUUCAUAAAAUCAGUCCAUUCCCAUAACUAAACCUAAAACUACUAGAAUCUAAGGGAUUUGGACUAAGAUAAAUAAGUUGAGUUUUGAGAGCAAUCUUGUUCUGAAAUUAAAGCUCAAGGACUGUGUUCUGCUUUUCACUUUUAUCAUUCUAGAUGUUAAUACAUACAUGUUUGAUGAACAUUUUAUCCAUCUUCCUUUAUGUUUACAUAGGAAACACAAGUGUGUACUUUCCCCACUUGAACACUUCUAAUUACUUCUUUUGCUCACAAACCAAGAGCAGUAAGUUGGGAGUGAAUUCCUCUGCUACUUGAAAUCAAAGUCAAGGCUUCAUAUAUGUCAGGGAAAAAGAGAGGUCUAAAGUCUUCUCUGUGAGUGAAAGAAAUUUCAGGCCAUGAUGAGUUAUAAUGUAGUCUGUGGCAGAGCUAUGGACUACAUUCAUACUGCUGAGGGCAAUGUUUGCUAACAGGAACCAGAAUGAUAUAUCAACACUGGAAAACAUUGUAAUUUCCUGAGAAACAGACAUGGAAUCAACUAACUGAAGUUACACUGGCCAUAAGCAGGAACUCAUUUGGGUAUUGCUUUUGUUUAUCAGCUUAAACUCAAUCCAUGGCUAUUCACAGGCAUAACAAGGAGCCCUCAGGCCUUAAAUCAGGAUCCAUGAAGGCAUCAUGGUGGUUUGUAAGAAAAUACCAAAACAGAAGGAAUUGAGGUGCAGUUUCAUUGAUCCUGGAACUACUGCCCAAGCAGAAGGCAGGUAAAUGCGUGCACAGAUCUCCUCUGUCAAACAUGUCCCUCUUCAGGUGGAAUGGUCACGGUAAAAAAGCUUUGAAUGUGUAACCAUGUACUGCUGCUGCUUGUUCCAGUGUCUGCUCAAGAUAUUUUCAACCUCCUUAGAGCAGGGAUUGAUACCUAGCUGUCCAGAAAGAGCACGGUCAUAUCUAACUUCAGCUACUUGGAAUUAUCAAGGCUGAGAUGAUGCUAGAAUGACAAAUAGAGGUUUGAAACUGCACAGAUGUUGCUAAUUAGAACAUUUCCUCCACGCUGCAGUCUUCAUUGCCUACCUGAGUGUCUGAAUGAGAAACACUCUUAAUAUAAAUGAGUAACACGUUUUUUCUCAAAAAAUUCUGUUAUUAAGUAAUGACAUCAUGUAUUUCCCCAUAACGAGAUCAUUGCCAGUCAGUUUUCCAUCUGUACCCCCAAAUAUGUCUGAGAAGUUACCAAAUAGACUCCAAGAGGCACAGAUCUCAGCCUCAUGUAUUUAUUUGAGGUUUUAGAGCUCAAUAAAGUCAUGUAGCCUGACAAAUCCGAGUUACGUCAGUAGUUUAGUAUACAGUGCUCACUCUAUGGAACCUCAGCUCAGUUCUUGUGAUCAGGCAGUUGGACUUCAAAGACAUCAAGCUGAAAAGAGAACAAAAACCUCUGGAUGAUACAAGUUCAGUAUUGUACCUUUGUUUUGCAUGAACUGUGUUCAGUUACAUUCAGCUUCUGAUGUGUACUUGAAGCAAUCUGUACCAGAAAGUUUAUUAUUAAAGUUCAGAAUGUGGAUGAGAUUAGCCAGACUCUUUGGCUGUCACAGUGAUGCUAAUUAUUAGCUCUUUGCUUUGACGAAGCAGAAAAAGAAUGUUUAAGGAAUACAGGAGACUGACUGAUUCCCAGUUAAUUAUGACUAUUGUUUUGCUUUGGUUUGGUGUUAUUUUUGUUGGGGUUUGGGUUUGAUUUUUUUUAAUUGUAGAAAAGAUGUUGCAACUUAUCAAAAACAAUGUUUGGACUCUAUUUUUAAAAUAAAACUGACAGUACUGGAAACACUUCUUGAACAUCUUAGUAAUUAGAGAAGCAUUUAAUAUUUCUGUGUGAUUUUGAUGUUUCCUUUUUGCACCUAUAGGAAUAACUCACU